AUGGUGCCACCGCCUCUGUUCCAUGGCGGCGUGAGCGCCGGCGGCGGCACCAGCGCCAUCAGCGGGGUCGGCGGUGCCACCCCCAUGCUCUUGACGAACAUGGCCGGGCCAUGCUCCGGGCAGACGCCGGGGCGAACUGCAGUGUGGACUCCAGGCGCGGCAACGAACGGCGACCUACCCCCUCUCCGGUGCGGAUCCUGUGGAAGCGAUGAGGAGGGGUCCUGUGAAGGUGGAUGUCGUAGAGCGCGCGACGAACUGUGCCCUGCAGCAUGUAGUGGUGAAGGCCUCCGGCAUGGUGUCCGCGAAUCAUAG